AUGUCGGAACGCAAAGUGCUCCAGAAGUACUUCCCGCCAGACUUCGAUCCGUCGAAGAUGGUCAGGCAAAGAGGACCCAAGAAAACAGGACCACUUCUCCAGACUGUCAGACUCAUGGCCCCGUAUUCAAUGAAGUGUAACGCUUGUGGAGAGUUCAUCUACAAAGGAAGAAAGUUCAACGCGCGCAAAGAGACGACAGACGAAAAGUACUAUGCCAUCACUAUCUACCGCUUUUACAUCAAGUGCACCCGUUGCUCUCAGGAGAUCACAUUCAAAACAGAUCCGAAGAAUAUGGACUACGAGGCUGAAAAGGGUGCCAAGCGCAACUUCGAGCCCUGGAGAGAGGCUAAACUUGCAGAAGAGACGGAAGAAGAGAGACUGGACAGAUUGGAGCGCGAAGAAGCUGAGCGUGACGCCAUGAAAGAACUAGAGACAAAGACUUUGGACGCGAAGACCGAAAUGCAGAUUGCAGAUGCUUUGGACGAGAUCCGUACACGCAACGCCAGGAACGAACGCGCUGCCAAGGACGGAGCAGAGGUCACAGUUGUGGACAAGGUUGACGACGAAAGAGAAAGACAGGAGGCAGAGGAUGCUGAAGCAGCAAGGUUGGCUUUCCUGGCAGGCACAGGCGAGAAGGUCAGAAGACUGGUGGAAGAUCCUGAAAAUGAAGGGACUGGUACCGUUUCUACAUCGACAACUGCUACAACUACAAAUACGUCCAUGGGUCCUCCACCCGUUCCGACUUUCGCCCGCAAACCAAAAAAGAAGACCGAUUUCAGCGCAAAACUGGGUAUCAAAAAGAAAUCGCUCGUCUGA